GUAGACUUGUUUCGCUCAGUGGAACCCCAGUUAGAGGCAGAUAUGAUACCUGCACUGGUACUGACGACCCUGUUGUGGUUCACAGAUCUCCAGGCUCAAAGCGUCAGUCCACCAGCUGAACUCUCAGUGAGACUGGUGGAUGGGACCACUUCCUGUUCUGGGACAGUGGAAGUCUUCUACAGAGGAGAGUGGUUGGGUCUAUGUCCUAGUUGGUGGAGCAUGAUGAGAGAGGUUAAGAUUGUGUGUAGACAGCUGGACUGUGGGAAUCCUGUAUCUGAAUCUAGAGGACCUCUGAUUGAAGAUGGAAGAAGAGGAGUCACGAUGUGGAGUUGUAGGAGAGAUGAGUCUUCAAUUAGACAGUGUGACAUCAUAGGAGGACCUGGUGUCUGUGAUGGUGGAUAUUAUCAUCAUGUGACCUGUUCAGACUCUGUGCGGCUUGUGGAUGGAGCUGGUCUCUGCUCUGGGAGAGUGGAGGUGAAGUCCAAUCAGUCCUGGGCCUCAGUGUGUGAAGCUGACUUUGACCAGCAGGAUGCAGAGGUAGUCUGUAGGGAUCUUGGCUGUGGGGCUCCUGCAGCUCUACAGGGGGGGCUCUAUGGAGAAGGUGAGGGUCAGACCUGGGAUAAAGAGUUCCAGUGUAAAGGCAAAGAGUCCCUUCUCCUGGACUGUGACACCUCAGACAGAGAGAACAACACCUGCCUACCUGGUAAUGCUGUUGGACUCACCUGCUCAGAGCCUGAUGAUGUGAGGCUGGUGGGAGGAGGCAGUCGCUGUGCUGGUGGAGUGGAGUGGAACGACCAGGGAGAGUGGAGAAUUGUGGGAGCUGAUGACUGGGACCAGAGGGAUGUAGCUGCAGUAGUGUGUAGACAGCUGGGUUGUGGCUCCACUGUUUCAGCACUACCUGGAAACACCACUGGAGGGUUCAGAGUUUCCUGUUCUGAGUCUGAGUCUUCACUGAGGGAGUGUUCCAGAGGUUAUGAUCUCCGUCCUGGACUCACAGUGAUCUGCUCAGUGUCUGUGCGGCUUGUGGAUGGAGCUGGUCUCUGCUCUGGGAGAGUGGAGGUGAAGUCCAAUCAGUCCUGGGCCUCAGUGUGUGAAGCUGACUUUGACCAGCAGGAUGCAGAGGUAGUCUGUAGGGAUCUUGGCUGUGGGGCUCCUGCAGCUCUACAGGGGGGGCUCUAUGGAGAAGGUGAGGGUCAGACCUGGGAUAAAGAGUUCCAGUGUAAAGGCAAAGAGUCCUUUCUCCUGGACUGUGACACCUCAGACAGAGAAAACAACACCUGCCCACCUGGUAAUGCUAGCCUGAUGAUGUGA